CGAUCAAUAAAUACUCGAUAAAUGCCUACACCACCUCUUAGCACCAUUAGCUCCCGGAGGAAUUAAAUUUCCCAGCAUGCUUGGCGCUAAGAGCAUCUCUGAAGUAAAAGAGCCGCAAUUACUUCCCACGGCCCCUUAUUCGCCUGUCGAUGCCGCAGUGCUUCAUGGGAAAGGUAGUUCUAGCGCCCGUCCUCCGGCCACCGGCAAACUGAGCCCAAACUAAACUUCCCAGCAAGCAGCGCGCGGGCCUGGGAAGAGGAGCAAGAUGGCGGAGUCUGAAGAUGGUGUUUCGCGGCCGGCGGGACCCUCUACUGCCCCAAUUUCGUUUAGCUUCAGUCGUACAGCUGCCCGAAGACGGCUGGCCGACCGGGGAGACGACCCGGGUGCGGCUCCGGAAGAGAAGGAGUUCUUGAAGACCGUGGAAGGGAGGAAGCUGCACAGUGGCCUGGAAAGCCUGAGCCAUGUGAGCAAAACUUCCUCAGGGCCACAGAACGGAACAGCCUCGAUGAGGAAGGGUUCAGAACUUCCCACCCGGCAGGGAGCAGAAGAGAAGCGGAAACACCUUCCAGACCGACAAGAUGAGCCUCCGGCCAAGAGUGAGAAAGCAGCCUCGAGGAGGCAGCACUGGUUGCACAGGGACCUGCGUGUGCGCUUUGUGGACAAACUGUACAAGCGCGGCCAGUAUUACAACACCAAGAUGAUAAUCGAAGAUGUCCUCAGCCCAGAUACUUGUGUGUGUCGGACAGAUGAAGGCCAGGUCCUGGAUGGCAUCAGGGAAGACAUGCUCGAGACCCUCAUCCCCAAGGUCCAGGGCAAACGGGUGAUGGUGGUGCUGGGUCCACAGGCUGGAAGGGUGGGCCAUCUGCUGAGCUGGGACAGAGAGCAGAGCCAGGCUGUGGUUCAGCUGCGGAGAGAGAAUCGGGUGGUGGAGCUUCACUAUGAUGCUGUUUGCGAGUACAUAGGCCCCACUGACUCAGAUGAAGACUGACCCGUGGACCCAUUCCAUUCCCCAGUUGUGCCACUUAUUGUUUGAUGUUGGGUUUCUUUUUUCUUGUUUUUUUUUUUUCAGUUGCCAGUUCUGUACAGUGUGAAAAGCCUGCCUUUGUCACUGUUCUGUCCUGCACUUGCAAUACAUCCCUGGGACAGGGACAGGUCAUGAAAUGGAUAGACCAGAAGGGAGGCUGGAAACAAACCUAGUAUUUAUCAGCAGUUCAUAUAAAAUAAAAAGCAUUUCAAAUACUUA